UGGAGCCUUGAUGUCUAAGAUGCGCUUAGAAUUGGCGACCACACAGCCGAACUGGGCCCGCACCAUGGAAGAAAUUCCAUCACAGUCCAUUCCAUGUGGUUCCAACGGGCUAUCAGACUUUCACCAUGAUUUAGGGCUCCUCCGUGAUAUGUCGCAUCUUUUCGAGUAUUGCUGCGAUUCUCUGCGAUUCCGACGUCUUCCCUGACGCCUGAGCCUAUCGGGGAUUACGACGGUCUGCCUAGGCCCGCCUUCGAAUUUAAACAAGAUCUAAAGAUUCUUGAAGAUUCUAUAUUGGGCGAACUUAAAGAGGGCACGACACCUCUUCCCCGCCCUUCCCUUUUCCCCACUCUCAUGGCUCCAUCCCCCCGAGACGACCCGGAGGAGACCUCCAAGGAUCGCGAGCCCGAGGAUGACAAGGAUGCUUCUCCAGCCCAAGAUGGGGCCAACACAGCGGAACCCAGCGAGCCACCGCCCGUGAAGCGCGGUCGGGGGCGGCCUAAGGGCAGCAAAAACAAGAACACGAGCGCCGCUCCCCCCGGAGACACACCAACGACCCCCAGGAAGCGCGGCCGGCCUCCGAAGGAAAAGAAGGAAGAAGAGCCGAAGGAUGAGGACUCUAGCGAUGAGCCGCCGCCGAAGCGCAAACGAGGACGGCCGCCCAAACCAACUGUCCCGACCGACCCGAACGCGCCUCCGAAGAAGAGGGGUCGCCCGCCGAAGGCUACUGCUGCUGCUGCUACUGCUGCUGCUGAAAAGCCUCCGUCCGCCACUGCCGUGUAAUUCGCCUCCCUUCACUCGAUUCGAAAUGCGGUCGAUUCGAUUUGAUUUCUGUUCCAUGAAGCCCUUCUCCUCGCUUGUCUCGCAUGCGCACCCUCUACGUCACGAUAUCUACCCAGUUUCUCUUCCUGUUUGUCCCGCCUGUCCCGUCGAACGCUGUUGUCGUUGCAUAUUUAUCCUGGAUCUGUAAACACCUACUUCCACUGCAAUAAAUACGUCCCCGGAAAUGUAUUCCCAUCUGCAGCGCACAGAGAUUUCCCCGGUGCACAUGUUCGAGAAGCAACAUCUCCGCUGUCGAAAAACAUUUGAUACGGCCGCAAUUGUUCACAAUAUCAUUCAUGCUCAAUAUCAUUGACAAAGCUUGCAUAAUAUUUCCCCGAACAGGAGCUUCCAACCCACAAUAGAUGAAUCGAAGUGUUCACGGGAUAAAAUCAUCUAUGCAAACGGACAUGGCGUGAGAAGCCCAAGUGUCCCCUACUGAUCAAGCCAGCCAUCAGACCGAGGCCGACUGCAGUCCCCGUCCAGCCCAGCACCGUCAAGAUUCGCGCUUGCCGCUCUGCUCGUCGCUUGGCAGUUGCGUAGCUUAUCUCGGGCCGAAAGGUGACCAUCGUGUACAAAGGGAGCCAUCCGGAAAUCCCGGAAGCAAAUGGCACUUGCGAAAGCAGCGGAACCAAAGACGAUAGAGCCACCAUCUUGCGAACAGUCACGGAAUAAAGAAUCGAAUCCAACGCUUUCCGGAAUAUGUAGCCGGGGGUCGUCACAGAGUGUCGCAUUUCCGCACUACGGUCAAUUUGUUUAAUCAUCACCGCCAAUGGGCCGGAGAACGCACUAAUUGGCCAUCGCCAGAUCACAUAUGGCAAUCAGAUCUGCGUGUCGGGUCUCCGAAUAUUUCGAAAGUGUCCCAGCUAGCGCGACGUCAAUCGAGUCACCCUCCGGGACCAUGGCAGAGACUUGGCCGGCCUCGAGCAGGGUCUCGAGCACUCGCACAUCUUCCAGCCCACAGUUCAAACCUUGACCGUAGAAUGGAACCAUCGAAUGCGCCGCAUCACCAAGGAGAAUAGCUCUGUCCAGAUAGUGAUAAGGAUUGGACUGUAGUUUGGGCCGCUUGAGGUCAAAGCGGAAACGUGGAACCAAUUAAUAUCACCUUGGUGCAGAUUAAUGGGCUUCUGGGAUUCUUGGACCAAUCGCUGCAAAGGUUGUCUUCUCCGAUAAGCUUCAGCGCGUCUGGGAAAUAUUCUUUGAACCAAGACAGGAACGUUUGGCGGUCAACGAGACGAUCCAAGACUGAGAUAGGUGCGAAUAAUGUGCAUGUAAACGAUUUGUCCUAACAUCAGAAGCCGGCAUUCAGAAGACAUUGUGCACUUGUGACACGAGCUUACUUUGUUUGGAAGAGCGAUGAACAUAAACGAGUGGCGAGGCCAAAUAUGAAGAUGGCUCGGAUCAAGCAGAAAGAUGGGAUUGCCCUCGCUGUCACGGCCUGCUGGCAUUCUCAGCUCGAUGUAUUCAUCCUUCAGGUACUCUUGCUGGAAAUCCAUUCUAAUCCGAUAACAGGAACAGGGAGAGCCAGUCAGCACACAGUCUUGACAAUCGGGAUGCACAUGCCUAAGCACCCUCAUCAAUUGUCUCCGGAUUACCGAAUAGCUGCCAUCUGCUCCGAUGCAGAAAUCGAAUUCCACAGGCCGCUCAGAGCCAGCGGCUGUAUCUAUAACAGUCAUACUUUUCCGAUCAAAGUCCACGGCUUGCACUUUGUGCUGGAAGAAAAUCUGUGUGUUCUCUAGCGACGCAGCAUGUUCCAAGAGGCUUUCGUUCAAGAGCGCGCGGUCAAUUGAGUUUAUGCACUGUCGGGAAGCAAGCGGACCGGCGUGAACCAGAGGACGCGUAUGGAAACAAGAAAUCGGACCUGUCCAUCUCUAUCAUAUAAUUGGCUGACCUGGGUGCAAUCUUCGUGAUGUAUCAUGCGUCCUUUCAUGGGAAUGACGGUUUGCAAGAAACGCUCGGCGACAAGGGGGUCAACAACCUGUAUGGCAGCCAGCCCACGGUGAGAAAUAGCGAGGUUUAUCGAUCUAAGACGAGUGGUCUGCUUUGAAGUCGCUGUGCGCAGGUCUGAGAAGCAGAGAUGUUCAGCUAUUGGCAUGUUCCAUCGUUGAGCCGGCAUCAUGCGCAUUUACUCACCCGGCCGCCCUUCGUAAAGUUCAACGUGCCAUCCACGUUUUGCUAGACAAAUUGCAGCCAGGCAGCCUACGGGCCCUGCACCGACAAUGACCGCUUUGCGCGUCCGCAUUCGCAGAAAACAAGUGACGGUGAUAUGCUGCUGACCAAGCCAAUCUACUUCCACUCUGGGACAUCGACCUUGCACCAUAUCGGGAAUAUCUGAUUCAUGUCUUCGCCACUGUCUGAGGAAUUCGUUCUGCCUACGAACAAGCAGAUUGGCGCAUCUGCGCAUCCUGAGCCAGACAGCACGUGCACCUAUCUGUGCGGCAACUCACUGGGCCCACUCUCGAGGCGAUCACAGACGCUGGUCGAGGAAGAGUUGCUCGCGUGGAAGACCCAUGCAGUCGCAGGCCAUUUCACGACACAUCCGUUCGGACGUGGAUGGGUGGAUUUUUGCGACCACAUAACGCCGCAUUUCGCAGCUUUGGUCGGCGCGGCGAAAACAGAGGUUGCGUGCAUGGGGACGUUGACGGCCAAUCUUCACCUGAUGAUGGACUCGUUCUACAAGCCUACCUCGACGAGAUAUAAGAUUCUGUGCGAGGCAAAAGCAUUUCCCUCGGAUCAAUACGCUUUUGCUUCCCAAGCGAAGGCCCACGGUCUCGAUCCCGGGCAGACUGUUCUUGAAGUCUCUCCGCGGCCAGGGGAAUAUACAUUGCGGGAGGAGGACAUUCUCGACAUGAUCGCCCGCGAAGGACCCUCGAUUGCCUUAGUCAUUUUCAGCGGCGUGCAAUACUAUUCAGGGCAAUGGUUUCCAAUGGAAAAGAUCACUCGGGCGGCCCAGGAUCAGGUCAGGGCUUUUGCAGGCUGUGCGCUCCAUUUGGCUUACUAUGCGCAGGGUUGCAUAUGCGGCUGGGAUUUGGCUCAUGCUGUCGGAAAUGUGCCACUCUCACUGCAUAACUGGAACGUCGACUUUGCCGUGUGGUGCACAUACAAGUACCUUAAUUCGGGACCAGGUUCCAUUGCAGGGCUUUACGUGCACGAGAAAUGGAACGAGACCGAGCUUCCAAAAUUUGCCGGCUGGUGGGGCCAUGAGCCUGCAACUCGGUUUGCCAUGCCGCCCAAGUUUUCUCCGAUCAAGGGCGCCCAGGGAUUCCAGCAAUCGAACCCCUCCAUCUUUGGCGCGGCGUCCGUUCUGGGCUCGAUGCAGGUCUUUGAAGCCGCCGGGAUGAUGCAACCACUGAGGGAGCGCUCGAUACUGUUGACCGGAACGCUGGAGAAGCUUCUGAUGCAGUCCAAGCACUUUGUGCACGUGGACAAGGACCUGACCGCCUCGCCGGGCUUCACGAUCAUCACGCCAGGCGAUCCAAACAGUCGAGGCGCGCAAUUGUCCUUGUUGUUCUUUCCCGCCGGGUUGAUGCACAAGGUUCACGAGAAACUCAAUGAUUUGGGCGUUAUUGGCGAUGAACGUCAGCCGGAUGUAAUCCGUCUCGCACCGGCACCCCUUUUCAAUACCGUCAGCCACUGCGAGGUCGCCGCUGCGACAUUGGAGGCAGUGUUGGAUGCAGUGACAGCAUCGUAA